AUGAAGAGUGACCCCGCGACCUCCGCAGCCCCCCUGAGGGCGCUCGGGGGCGCCCUGCGGAGCAGCGAGCCCGUGCGUGCCGCCCCGGCCCCGUCGGCGGCCGCGCUUUUGCUGGAGGAGGCGGCCGACCUGCUGGUGGUGCACCUGGACUUCGGCGCGGCGCUACGCACUUGCGAACGCGCCUGGCAGGGCCUGGCGGAGGAGCCGGCGGGCGCCUCCUUGGAGGUGAAAUGCUCUCUGUGUAUUGUGGGCAUCCAGGCCCUGGCAGAAAUGGAUCGGUGGCGGGAAGUCCUGUCCUGGGUUCUUCAGUAUUACCAGGCUCCUGAGAAGCUUCCCCCCAAAGUCCUGGAACUGUGCGUUCUUUUAUACAGCAAAAUGCAAGCGCCGGGAGCCGUGGCGGAUGGCAUUCGUGCUUGGCUUCAAGACCCUGACAACCAGGGCCUUCCAGAGUACAGAUCCUUAGCAGAACUUCACCUGCAGCGGGUGCUGCUUCCUCUGGGCCUCCUGUCAGAGGCUGAAGAGCUGGUGGUGGGCUCUGCGGCCUUCAGCGAGGAACAGCGGCUGGACGCGCUUCAGGCCAUUAGUGCAGCGAGGCAGCAGCAGACACAUGGGCACUCUGGCUCUGAGGAGACGCGGACACUAAACCAGGAAGACGCCUCCUCCCACAAGUUCCUGUCACUACUGACGUUGCUGCGCCAGCUUUGGGACUCUGCAGUCAGCCACUUCUUUUCUCUGCCCUUCGGUAAGAGCCUGCUGGCUGCCUUGCUCCUCUGCCUCCUGGUGCUGAGGUUUGAUCCAGCGUCUCCCCGCUCCCUGCCCUUCCUCUACAAGCUGACUCAGAUCUUCCAGCGGAUCCGCGAGGCCGUGUCUCCUCCUCUCUGCCAGCUUCCCAUCCAGCACUGA